GCCACAGUGGCUUGACAUUCUUCACGCGAUACCGCGACGAUUUCACGACCCGACACGUAUUUUUCUUACAUUCACUGGGUUUCUGUUGCCAUGCCUGCCAUCGUAACAGCGCCAGGGAGCCAGAAGGCUAAGCCGACCACCAGGAGCUCUAUACGACAUACCCUGGGAUUUGCGUCCGUUGGUAGGGCCCUGGCAGACGUGAUGAACAAAGAGGGAAAGGAUGGAGAUAAAAACGCAAAGAAGUCGCUGAAGGAAUCCCGUCGCUUGAGCGCAGUUAAUAUGCCUGUCUCUUCGUUUCGGACUGCCAACUCGUCGUCGCCGGGGCCAAAGGUGUCUGAUACACCAGACUCAAAGACCAUUACCCGACGCAGAGCAUCAGUGGCCUCCGCUUUGCAGAAACCCCGCGACGUCACGAUGGCCCAGUCGACCGUCGUCACUCGCUCGACUUCACUUCGUCCUCGCCCCACAACCUCGUCUGGCCUCCCAAAGUAUCGGCCCAAGUCGGUCACCCUGGAUGUCGGUGCAAAGAAAGCGCCCUCUCCUGUGAACCCGUCCCGGAAGCGUCCCAGCACCUCAGACAAAGAGGAGGACCUUACAACCUCUGAUGACACUAAAAAGGUCGCUCAGAAGGUUUCCAGACCCAUCAGUCCAUUACCCCAGAGAGCCGCCCUGAAGGCUAAUAUGUCGAGGACGGCCAAUGUAACACCACCUGCUACUCCCACAAAACUUAGACAAACCCCUCCUUUGAAGACAUCUGCUCGUCCCAAUAAGAUCAUCAAGGUUGCGCCUGCGGCUGCCCCUUCUUCAUCUUCGUCGUCUACCAAUUCAUUAGUUCCACGAACCCCCCAAACCCCCAAGCCAUCUACUUCAAAGCUCUCGUCUGCAAACAAGGCUCAUCACAGCUCCUCCUCCAGGAAUUCUCCUCAUCGUUCUCUCAAUGAAUCCCCACUCGCACGCCACUCACGACAGAACUCCAAAGCUAACCCUCCCAUGCCGCCCCACGCUGGUAAUAUGUCCCAUAUAUCCGAAGGUGGCAGCGAUGACGGAGAUGAGGAGGACGUAGAAUUACUUCUUGCCCCUGUUGCUGUCAUUGACGCCCCUACACCUGCUAUGCCGCGUAUACUUGCUUCUCGCCAGCGACAGGCCCCCGAGACACCAUCACGAUCUACUUUUCUACCAUCACUCUCCGAUCUUUCGUACGCUUCCCCUCAGCCACCAAGUAAUGACAGUCCAGCAUCCCUUCGUCCUCAGCCAAUUUCAAGGGGGGCUCCCAGGGGAUCCAUCCUCUCAUGGGAGCAACUUGCUGAUGAAGCGUCGCGUACUCUGGGCGAAGACGAGAUCCAGAAUAUGAUAUCCGAUGUUCCUGCUCCAUUCAGGUCAGGAACAGCAUCUCCCGUGUCAUCCACUAUGCAUCUAGAGUUACCCGAGAGCCCGUGCCUUAGUGCCAUGAACUCCCCCGGUGGUUAUGGAUCCAUUUCGCAAGUUUUACUACCUGAGGUCACCCCUUCUCCGGCUCUACAUACUCGUCGUCAAAGUCGUGGACCGUCAGAAGUCCCUGUCAUCGAUGGCGCUAUUGUAACCUUACUUCGACUUCAGUUAGAGUCUUCAGAGCACAUCGCCAAGGAACGGCGUAUCCAGCUGCAGUCUUUGGAGGAAGAACUUCACCACGUGAAAGACGCCCAUGUCCAUGAUGUAGAACAGCUCGCACUACAGGUGAAACAUUUGGAGGACCAGCUUCGGAGCAGUCUGGAAGUUCGUGAGCGUUCUGCAAUCGAACAGGCCAUGAACAUUGCCGAUUUGAAGAGUCAGCUGAAGAAGGCCCACUCAUCGGGUGGACAUAAUACAACCUCAAGGGUGCAGGUUGCCGUGGAAGAUUCACAAAACAUGAUACUUCGCUCCGAAAGGCUGAAAUGGGCUCGUUCGUCUUCGGCUCAUGUGGCCGCCAUGCGUUGGACCUCUGUCAGGGAAUUUGCAGAGAUGGAGCUCGACGUUGUCAAGAGUGACCAAGAAGUUUUAUUGCUUUUAUUGGGUGAGCUGGAUCUCAUUCAUAAGCAGCUGGCCGUAUCUGUCUAAACAUAUUCUUAUCUUUCUUGUGUAUAUAUGCCUAGGAUCACUUUACACCUUUCAAAUUGUAUUUUUACACAGUCAUCUAUCAUAGUUAAUCAUGAUCUCAUUCUAUCAUCGAU